AAAAGAACGACUCGGUGUUGAGCGAACGGCGUGUAGAAUCGCGAUGGGCCCGGCGAACAGCUCCACCGCGAACUCGCUGCUGACGACGAUCUUCACGGAUGACUCGGAGGACACGUACUGGGUGACCAUCCAUAAAGGCUUAGAAGGGGACCAAGUGGAGGUCCCGCUGACGCCCCGGAUGCCCUAUGCUCAAAUGGAGCAGAUCUUGUUGACGCAGAUGUCGGCAGAUCCCACGUUGAGUGUGAUCCUGUCGGCCGAUGGCCAAACGAUCGAUUCCAGUGCUCAACUGAUCGAAUGCCACCAGCAGGGCAGCCUGAUCUUUGCCACGCUGGUGGUCUCGGUACAAAAAAUGCCACUGCCGAAGGUGGUCGAGGAGCUCCAGAUGCCGGAGAGCGAAUUCCGUGGGCACCGGCACGUUUUGAGCCGCUACCCCAAAGGUAUCACCUACAAAGAUGUGGCAAACUAUUUGUACAAGAACAAGGUCUUGUUGACUCCGAGCCAAGCGCAUGGACUCUUCCAUCAGCUCUUGCCCAAGCUCUCGCAGCUGGAGGAGGGAAGAGCACGUUCCGUGUGUUUGAGGGCGCAGCUGAUUAUGACCUUGCACACCUUUUGCUUGGAACCCUAUGCCAUCUGGGAGGCUGAUGAUGGACAGGACGAGUGUGUGUGGUAUGGCAUGGCGUAUCAGGGCAAGAACUUGGGCACUGAUGGCCGCUUCUGUUGUCCUGGGCAACGUGCCAUGCAAUUCCAUGAAAAGACCCCAACGGCGGCCUCCAGCAAACAUGAGGACGUCUCGAACUUGAGAGGUGUCCUGCAAGCCAGGCGCUUGAAUUCGGAAAAGCAGUUUUUGGACAUGCUGGUGCCUCCAGUGUCGCACGACUUUAUGGCUCUCGCGCGACCAAAGUGAGGGGCAUCGGGCUAAACUCAGCUUCAAGCAUGCUCGGUGAAAAGCAAAUUGGCCGGGGCAACCCGACUGGGAGGCCAGGUAGAGUGAGUGCGGGAUUUGGCCUCCCUGGAGUGGAGGAUGGAAGCAUGGAAGCAUGCAAGUGUAGUUUUGACAGUAGUUUAUCGUUUUUUUUGGCAACUGUCGACGAACUCCACCACGUCGGCUCGUGCCGACUCUCAGUCUUCCAUCGAACUCCUCGGCCCUGAUAAAUCUUCGAUGAGCGCAGAGAGAAGUCGACUCGAUGGUGCCGCC